UUUAUUGAUCUGUGCCUAAUUAUUAUAAUUUAUACCAAUGUAUUAUCCUUGGACGUAACGUAUGCAUGUUUUAUCUUUUACACAAAUGCUGCUUUUUAUAAAUACAAGCUGUAUUAAUAUUUUUAGUAUUUUGAUUUAUGGUUGGUGUUUUGUUUUUGUUGUUUUUAAAUUUGGUUUUGCUAGAUUCUCUGAAAAGAUCAAAACGUCUACGAACAACGUACGCCAAGUUUCUAGGACCGGAAGUGUGUGACGCCAUCUAUAAGUACGCAAGAAAUAACUUCCUUCCCACCAACACGGCGUGUGUUGAGUCCAUUAACAAGAGAGACAACCCUUGCUUGUAUGAUCAUGGCGGCAUGGUGGUGUGUUCCCGCAAUGGCAGGUGGAUUCUGCACGGCAUCAUAACGUUACCGAGCUGUUUCGACCAGCUUCCCAGUCUUGUCAUUGACAUCACCAGCCAGGCUAUCCAGGACUUCAUAAAGAAGGCCUGAACAUCUUCAGAAUCAUCCUGACCAAGUGCUGGAUCUCACUGUUAAUUAGACAGAUCGUGUGAAAGACAAGGUUUUAAUUGCUUAUUCCU